AGCAAAGAGAUCAGAGCCAGUUUCUAAAUUUUUAAACUUUAUCAGCGAAUGGAUGGAGCUCGAUCGCAUCCACACCCUUGUGUGUAUAUAUAUAUAUAUGUAUUAGCAUCAAGUAAUCUUCUACAUGUCAAGCGAUAUUGGAGAAGAUGAAUUUCUGUGUGAUCAGAUCAGGCAGAGGCUUCGUCGCGCCGUCUAGGGUUACACCAUCCGGCGUGCUCAGUCUGUCUGUGAUCGACAGCUUGCCGGUCCUGCGAUGCUACGCUCGGACGCUGCACGUCUUCAAAUAUGGGCCCCGAGCAGCGCAAGUCAUAAAAGACGCGUUGGCCAAGGCGUUGGUUUCUUACUUCCCUCUCGCGGGCAGACUCGAGAGCUCGGGCGCCGGCCAGCUGCUUCAGAUCGCGUGCUCCGGCGAAGGCGUUUGGUUUGUAGAAGCAUCUGCAAACUGUGAGCUUGCUUCCGUCGAUUACUUCGAUGAUGUAUUGUCUAUCCCGUACGAUGAGCUGCUUCCUGAGGAUCAUCCUCCCCAAACUGAUGAAGCUCGACGUCCCCUCGUGUUAAUGCAAGUGACUCAAUUUGCAUGUGAUGGCUUCGUUAUUGGCCUCUCAUUCUGCCACAGCCUCUGUGACGGUCUGGGCGCUGCCCAAUUCUUGCGUGCCGUCGGCGAGCUUGCCAGAGGCUUUGACCAUCCCAAUGUCUCGCCUGUGUGGCACAGAGACUUUCUUCGUCUGUUGGAACAACAAAAGGGGGAAACAUUUGCCUCCGAAUUGCACCCAAAACGGCCAUUGCCAUCGCCGCCUCUCCUUCCGCAGCCCACUUACAGGCUCGAGCAGGCCAACAUAGACAUUCCACUGGACCAUAUCAAUCAGCUCAAACGGAAAUUCCACGAGUCGACAGGCCGAACAUGCUCAUCCUUCGAGGUCAUAGCCGCUACGCUGUUGAAGCAUCGAACGCAGGCCGCAAUAAGCAACGCACAAGUAGUGAAGCUGGUGUUCUUUGCAAACUGCCGCCAGUUGGUGGAGCCGGCCCUGCCGAAAGGCUUCUACGGGAACUGCUUCUUUCCAGUGUCCGUCACCGCCUCGAGCGAGACCCUCUCAGAAUCAGAUAACGCUCACGAAGCGGUGAAGAUGAUCCAGGAAGCUAAGGCUAGGCUGCCGGUCGAAUUUGCCAAAUGGGCGAAGGGGGAGGCUGAGGAGGACCCCUUCGCGCCGCCGCUGGGCUACACCACGCUGUUCAUAUCGGAGUGGGGGCGGCUAGGGUUUAACGAGGUGGACUACGGGUGGGGCCCGCCCAUCCACGUGGUUCCGAUCCAAGGGUCACCGAUCAUACCCGUCGGAAUCGUGGCUUCGCUGCCGUCGCCGAAGAAAGGCGUCCGGCUUAUGACGUGGUGCGUCGACGGGCCCCAUCUCCGGACAUUUCUCAGUCAAAUGGCAACUCACCUCCAAUAAAUACGGCAUUGGCCCUUUCUUCUUGACAUGUGAAGAAAUUUAUGCUCGUCAAAGCUGUUUGCUUUUCGUAUUCUAGAUGUGUGCGUGUACGUGUGCUCUUAUUUUUUGUAAUCUCAUUCUGGAUUUAUGGCAUUGUUUUGAUAUCUUUGGCUGUUUUGUUAUCAAUAUUAGAAUAUAUUCAUUGAAUUGACUAUAUACGAACCAUAGAGGGG